UUUGACAAUUGUAACUCAACUGCUUGCAGCACAUCGUCAGUAUAUUUACAAUAGUUUUCAGUUUCCAUGUUCAACAUUUGUGGAAAUUUUUAUUUUGUAACCUGUGUUCCUAACCAGGGCUGAUACUCAUUUGGGGAAAGUGCUCCUUUAAUUCAGUCUUCCUAUUGUCAGCAAUGCAUGACUUGAAAACAAGGAAAAACGGCACUCGAGGAGUUUACAUACGCCAAAUCACAGUAUCCUUGUUGUACCUCAUCUUCGAGUAUGAGAUUUCUUUUGCAUACCUAUUCUUAAUAGAAAUUACAAUGGUAAAGAAGAAUUUGCAUAUUUCUCCAAUUCCUAGAAUCAUGUUUUUUCCAUUUCAAUAUUUCUUCUGAACAAACUGUGUGCAGUGUAUGAAAAGGAACCACUGAGAUUCUGACACUGCUAUCCUCAGGUGAUCUGAUAAAAUGUUUCUGAGUACAUGCAUCAGAAAUAAGAUUUCCUUAAUUUUUACUUAUUUUUAUGAUGCUGGGAUUUCAUACACAUUUUCUCCCUGGAAGUAGCAACUUUUGCUCUCCUGAGAACACGUGCUUUUUUAAAAUUAUGGUUAACCAGUCGGUUGAUUGCAGCACUUUGCAAACAAUACAUUGUACUGUUGAUAACUAAAUAAGUAUUCGCUUUACUUUCCACCUUUUGUUGCAUGUAUGAUCAUUAUAAUCAAGAUAUAUAGAGUGACAAUUGCAUUUUGUGCUGAAGAGAACAGGGAAAUGGAUUUCAAUGUAUUAUUUGCAAAAUUAUUCACAAACCUUCCAUUUUUGACAUGUUCAUUGUGUGUCAGACAAAGAACAUUUAAUACAAUAAGUAGUGAAGAAAGGAAAAGGCUGAAGCAUAUUUACUCAUUUAAUAUAUCUGAACAUUUGUUUAAUAUGUAUAUACUUUUAAAUUUUACAUUACAUUGAUCUAUUGUGUUUUGCAAAACUUUUAUGUGUACGAAAUACAAGAAAUGGAAGAACACAUUGUCUCUUGCUGUUAUGCUGCAUUGGUUUGUGUUGUGACAAAAGUGUGGUGCUUGUUUGUUCUACUGUUGGGGGUAAAAUUCAGAGGUGAAAGUGUAUUGAAUAUGGUUUUCAAGUGGCGUUUAAGUGAUACCUACAUAGAUGGUGUACAGUGCAAGAUAUGGGUGCAUGUGCAAAGCUGAAACAUCAUGAAGGCUUCGAGAUUGCUGUGCCUGCUUAGAAAAUUUCAUCCUCUGUGAGCUGGAAGCCGUCAUACUUCAGUCUUAUUGUACAUUUAUGUGUAUUGGUGCACACAUGGUGCAUGCUGUUCCACGAAGGCAGUUGUGUGGCUGGGAAGUGAAACAUUACCAUACACAUAAAUGAACUGAAUUGAAUAAUCUGCGAGAAUCGGAGGAUCGUAUAAGACAGCAACAUAUUGAAUCCUCGCACAGGGAGAAAGUUUUGGUGCGGCGACUUGCCACCAAGGAACAGGAAAUGCAGGAAUAUGCUAAUCAGAUUGCGGAGCUGAAAGCUGCCCAAGCUCCAGGAGCAACAGCUCUGCGCACUGCACUUCUUGAUCCUUCAGUGAAUCUGCUACUUCAGCGGCUGCGCCAGGAACUGCUGUCCACAAGGGCACGCUUGGAAGAGACACAGAAUGAGCUCAGUGCUUGGAAGUUCACACCAGACAGCAAUACUGGUAAAAGGCUAAUGGCCAAAUGCAGGCUUCUUUAUCAAGAGAAUGAAGAACUGGGACGUAUGAUUUCUAGUGGCAGACUUGCAAAACUUGAGGGAGAUUUAGCACUGCAAAAAAGCUUUAGUGAAGAAGUGAAAAAAUCCCAGUCUGAACUAGAUGAAUUUCUUCAAGAUUUGGAUGAAGACGUGGAAGGAAUGCAGGGUACAAUAUAUUUCUUACAACAGGAACUGCGUAAAGCAAAGGAAUCAAAUGCUGCCCUACAGCAAGAGAAUUCUGCUUUGAAAUCUGGUGGAGUGACAACAACAGAGCAUAAUACUGGUUUACGGACAAGUGAGGUGGGAAGGGAAUCGAGGCCACGGACGCCUUUGCCUUUGUGUCAUAAUGGGAUAAGGGAGAAAGGGGAGGAUGACUCUAGAGGUUGGGAUGAGCGGACUCAAGGGUCAGAUAGGCCACUAACCAGGGACACAUCCUCAUCCCAGUCACCAGGUACUGAAAAUGCAGCAGACCGUCCGGCAGGCCGAGAUGGGUCUCAUCCACCACAGCAGCCACCUCCUGAGGAAGACAGUGUGUCUUGUGAUGCUAGGUCCCCAGAAGAUACCCGUCUGUCCCCUCAGCGUAGACCUCAUAGUCAGUAUGAGGAAUCGAACGAUUCAACGAACGUACAUUCCAGCAUGCCCCCUAGGACGUCUCAGAAUAGUGAGAGGAACUGGCAAAAAGUUAUCGUUGAGCAAGAUGAUUCUUCUAGUGACUCAAGUGAAUUAAUACUUAAGAUUGAAUCUGAAGACAUCGCUGAUGAUGAUUUGGAUCCCCAGAGUUCUGAUGCUGGAGCUGAAACCAACAAAGUGGGUAACAGUGUGAAUGAGAGAGACAGGAGUGUGCCCAUUAGUGCAGAUAGGACUGCAGAGCGUAGUGAUGUCAUAAAAGAGCAGUCGAGGGAUGGCAGAGACUCCCCAUCAUCCAGGAAAAGAACAUGUUCAAAUGAUGACAGCAGUAAUGAUAGUGACAAUGUACCAUUGAUAAAAAAAGUACGUCGUGAUUCAGAAAUUUCCCUUCAUUAUAAUGAGGAGGAUGAUGAUGCAGGCCUGACAAAUGGAGAGAGUGGUGUUUCAGGUAGUAGGACUAGUGGGAAGUAAUGCAUAAUUAUUUUGCAUAAUCACAUGCGUAGUAUUUAUCAGCAUAACGUGAUAUGUUUUAUUCCCAGUUUAUUUAAGUGCAGUCUCACAAAUUUUAUAAUAUGUUUUGAACAUCCAGAUUUAUUGUGGUAGAAAGUUGUCAGCUAUAAUUUUGUAUACAAUAUGUGUAAAGUUACAUGCAGAUGUAAAAUAAAAUGUUUUAUGAA